AUGGCAAAAGAAACGCUGGUUGUCGUUCUGCUGAUGAUGAUCUUGUUGCACGAGUCACUCUACGGAGACGAAGACGUCAAGUACAUGAUAACCAUCCCUAAGUUCAUCCGACCUGGUACAAAAUUUCAAUUUGGAGUCUUCAUUCCUGGACUGAAUAAUAUCAGCUACGCUCUCAACGCUGAAAUAAAAAGCUUAGCUGGUGAUGUUUUAGUGAAGAAGACAAAUCUUUUGAAGGCAACAUUUGCAAAUGCAAAACUCUACGCAACUGCUAAGUUAGAACGAGUAACCAUCGACAACAACCUGCAGAUUCCAAGCACUGUGCCAGAGAGCAGCUACACAUUCUACGUGACUGCCUAUGAUGGCAUCAACUUCUCAGACAGCCAUCAGUUAAGUGUCGAUAGGAAUAUUCACUCCAUAUACAUCCAGACAGACAAGACCCUUUACAAACCGGGCCAAAAAGUCAACUACAGAGUGCUGGCGAUAGAUCCUCAAUUGAAACCGUACAAGGAAUCCAUCAACAUAACCAUCUACGACACAAGUGAUAACAAAAUCACAAAACUGACCAACCAAAAAAGUCCAGCAGGGGUCAUAACAAACGCCUUGAACCUUUCCGAUAUCACACCUCUUGGUUCCUGGAGAAUUGUUGCUGAAACAAAAUUUGCAUCAACGGAAAAAACAAUCCAAGUAGCUGAAUAUGUUUUGCCAAAAUUUGAUGUAUCGGUGAACGUUCCAUCGUUUUAUUUCAUCAAUUUGAAUAAUCCUUCCUUACAAGAAGAUCUCCAUGUUUCUAUCAUUUCCAAGUACUCGUACGGUAAACCAGUCAAAGGCACGGCUGCCAUUCAAAUUAAAUUGUCUUAUACUUGGUGGUCUCAAAGUGAACUUAAUCAGAUAACUAAAAUUGUCCAGUUGAAGUUGAGUAAAAGUGAUUCAAGCAGUCCUGCUGCAUCUGACGUUAGAUAUGCCAAUGGAACUUAUAAAAAACUGACAUUAACUGCUACAAUAACAUAUACAUCUUACAACUCUAACGAAAACAAAAUGCUGCUGAUCAGUUUGGACGCCAAUGGUUUUGCUAAAUUUGAAUUUCAAACUGAUAUUACUAUGGAAGGUAUUUCUUUUCAGGUAACUUACAUGGAUGACGUUGGCAACCAAAACAUUUACAGUUAUCAGUAUGUUAAUAAGUUCAAUUCGAGAGAUAAUGCCGGCAUUCUACUGGUUUACUCCAAUAAGGACAAUGUGGUGAAAGUGUGUAUCAAAAUUGCUGAAUAUCACUUUUGCUCCUAA